CACUCUCCUCUCGUCCUCCGAAACCUAAGGCGGAAACAAAUAUCGAACUCCCAUUUCCAGAACUAUCUUCCUCUCGUCUUCUUUCCCAUUUUCAUUCUUCUUUGACGAGAAAAAAAAACUAAACUAACUGCAUAGACAUGGCGGAUCAGCUGACCGACGAUCAGAUCUCCGAGUUCAAGGAGGCCUUCAGCCUAUUCGACAAGGACGGCGAUGGUUGCAUCACUACCAAAGAGCUUGGGACUGUGAUGAGGUCAUUGGGACAGAAUCCCACCGAAGCUGAGCUACAGGAUAUGAUAAAUGAAGUCGAUGCUGAUGGCAAUGGAACCAUCGACUUCCCAGAGUUUCUAAAUCUCAUGGCCAGGAAGAUGAAGGACACUGAUUCUGAAGAGGAACUGAAAGAGGCUUUUAGAGUUUUUGACAAGGACCAGAACGGUUUCAUCUCUGCUGCUGAGCUUCGCCAUGUGAUGACAAACCUUGGUGAGAAGCUCACUGACGAGGAAGUGGAUGAGAUGAUAAGGGAAGCUGAUGUUGAUGGCGAUGGCCAAAUCAACUAUGAGGAGUUCGUUAAGGUUAUGAUGGCCAAGUGAUUUCCCCUCCUCAACCUAAAUCUUUAAAAACCACUAGAAUUUGAAGAGAACUAGAAUUUGGAUGGGUUAAGUUAGUACAAUGGAUUCCCAAGUCUUUCUAUUUUCCUUGUUUAUUGGAUGGUUUAAGGUCGGAUGUUGAAUUAAUGUAAUUUUUCUCUAUUGUUGUAAGGGUAGUAGAAUCCUUUUAUCUCCCACGUUAUAUUGUGUUGUUAAAAGUUUCACUUCAUUUAUUA